GUCCUCCCCCCUCCCCCCCUCCCCUCCUCCCGUCCAUCCUCCUGCUACUCCUUUCAAAGGGAUACCAGGUGCCCGCUCCCUCGCCAUGGACCCGACGGAGUCCAUGUUCAAUAGCGCCCUCUCACUGGCCACCACGACCGGGGGGAUGCUCGACAGCAUCGAAGGCCAGCUUAAUUCCGGCGGGCCCGGCCUGCUAGACGGUUCGCUUGAUCGAUCGCUGGCGCGCGUGUCGCAGCAGUUGAGCGAGCUCCGGUCCAUGCACUACAAUCUUCGCGACGCCGCCAAGCGGGAGAUUCUCUCCGAACGGCGCGACCGCGCACAAAGCCGCGCGCAUUCCCUCAAUGAGCAGCAUACCGGUCUCCAGCGGCGCCUCGAAAAAGCGCAGCAUGCCCUCGCACAGACACCGGGCUCGCAGGCGUCACACUCUUCCAGUGCGACCAUGCCCCUGGCUUCCACCGAGGACGCCACUGCCCUGCGGCAACGCCCGGCCCCCUCGUUGUUUGACAAUCGCGCCAGCCAGUCGGCCCCUCAGAGCCUCUUCCCCCCUGCGGGCGGCUACCCGGGGGCCGGCCUGCCCAGUGGCCCAGGGUCCGGCUUCGCCCGGACGGGAGCCACCUCAAGCGGCUCACUCCUACCAACAAGCUUUGUGCCGCAGGAUUUCGUCGAUCGGACAGCUUCGCAACUCGACGAUUACAUCGGUGCCGGGAUGAACGCCCUGCGCAGUCUGUCGGACCAGCGGCAGCGCCUUGAGGCGUCCCAAAAUAAGCUGUUCACCACUUUGACGUCCAUCGCUUCCGGGUCCGGGCUCAUGCGAAACAUCGAGUCGCAGACAAUCCGCUCGACGUGGAUCAUCCGCGGGGCGAUCCUCCUGUCGAUGACCAUCGUCAUCUCCGUGUGGUGGUUCUUCAAGUAGACGCCCCGCUCCCCCCUCUUUCCUUGUGCUUUUCCCUUCCCCCUUCCUUUCCCUGGCGCGAGCGUCGGUCGGAUCCCAGUUCUGCCCCCCGACCUCUUCCCCCUUGUCUCGUGUACACUCCCCGAAUAGGUCCCUCCUUCCCUC